AUGGUGUACGUGCUGUCUAUAGAGAUAUCCGGGGCAGGCGAAGAUCCCCAGCACCGGUCUCAUUGGGGAUUUACGAUGCAUAAGCCCUCAAGCCCUAUUGGCGACCUAUUCCACGUGGAGGUGAUCGACAUCGACAGACUCUGGUUCCAAUUCGAAUCGAGAAUGGGUACCGGCCUGCGCACCAUGGAUGCCAUUGGCGAGGUCAAACUUGGCGAGCUUAGUGAACAGCAACGUCAACAGGCCAUCCAAGUUAUCAAAUCUUCGCCUGCACCAAGGGAUGGAAAGAAGAGAUGCCAGGAUUGGGUUUAUGACACCCUGCUGUCACUGGAUAUUGAAGAGCUAGUCCCGUCUGGCACAUGCCACUUCUGGAAGGGGAUGGUUGGGAAGCCGGCACGAGCUAUUCAGGCAACCGCAGGUGUCAACUGGAUGACUCUAAAAUGA